AUCAGUCAAGACUUCCAGUCAGCCGUUGGCCGCGCUGGGGUGCAGACGCUCGCCGCCAGCUCCUCCCCCAACUAGUCACUGGCUUCUAUUUUGUAUUACUUUUCCUAGUUAAUGACCCCCUAGAACGUUAUACCAGUGCGUGUGCUACUCUCAAGCACAACGACAAAACAGGGAAUUAUAUAUAUGAGAACUGUGUACUGGUUUAACCGUCGCAGAUAAUAAGACGCCGACGCAGGAAAGAUCUGGAUAAAUACUGGUUUUGAAAUUGGUCUGGUCCAACAAUAGACGUUGGAUCGCUGGAUACUUGAAGCAUUGGUUAGACCCAUGGGCUCUGCUAAAGCUAUUCUCCAGUAAGGUCAACUAGCUUGGGUGAGAUGUUGAACGUGAGCCUCGAGGUGCAGGGGGUGAACGAGACGGUCGCAGGUGAAGACUCGCCUCAGUGGGUCCCCCUUGACACCUUCAUUGGUCUGGUCCUGGCCUUCUCCUCCUGCCUCUUCAUUGGUAUCUCCGUCAUCGUCAAGAAGCUCGCCCUCAGGGAUAUUGAGGCACGGGGUGGGAUUCGGGCAGUUGAUGGUGGCUAUGGUUACCUGCGGCUGCCCAAGUGGUGGCUGGGCAUUUCUCUCAUGGGACUUGGGGAGCUCAGCAACUUUGUGGCAUACAUCUUCGCCCCAGCCAUCCUGGUCACACCCCUGGGGGUGUUCUCCAUCGUGUGGACGGCAACCCUCUCACCAUACUUCCUCAAGGAGCGCCUAGGUAUGCUAGGGAAGCUAGGAUGUGUGCUGGUGCUGGUGGGCUGUGUCAUUGUCACUCUCUGUGGCCCCAAAGACAGAGAAAUUGCCAGCAUGGAGGAAUUGCAGUCACAACUGCUGCAUCCUGGCUUCCUGGUGUAUGCUGGUCUGGUGGUGAUAGUGUCAGUGCUGUUCAUGGCCCUGGUGCCACGUUAUGGACAUCGCUAUGUUCUCCUCUACAUCACAAUCUGUUCUUGCUUUGGCUCCCUCUCUGUCAUGUUCUGUAAGGGUGUCGGCCUAGCAAUCAAGCAGACAAUCGGCGGCAUUAAUGAGUUCACCAACUGGGCCACCUGGGUGUGUCUGGUAGCACUCAUAGCCUGUCUUCUAAUUGAGACAGUGUACAUGCAGCGAGCCCUUGACCUUUUUAACAGUUCAGUUUUCAUGUCUGUAAACUAUGUCUUGUUUACAUCUCUUGUGAUUGUUGCCUCAUCAAUCCUCUACACAGAGCUACGAGAGAUAGGAGUCAAAAACAUCAUUCUAACACUCCUUGGCUUUAUUGUCAACAUCGUGGCACUGUACCUCUUGCACUUGGACAAGGAAGAUAACAGCCCUGAAGCCUCAGAUGAAGGGAGGAAUGAUACAGAGGCACUGCCACAGAUAACUAAGGAGUCUCUGCAGACAGGUGUUCAGCUAGGCACUCCACUGUUGGGUCGCACUCCAGCUUCCCCCUUGGCAGGCCUCAGCCUUCCCCACACAAUGUUCCCAGCCAAGACCAACUCUUGCAUGUCUCUCAUUAGCCAAACUAGCCUGUGUCAACACACUGCUGACCAUAACCACCACACACAUGCCAACGAUGGUGACCAUGACAACACCAGCCAGCAUAGCAAUACCAGCGAAGAUAGUAGUAGCAGCAGCAGUAGAUGUGGCAGUAGCAGUGCAGAUGGGAUCAGUAGUAAUGGUCAUGGUGAUAGUGUUAAGAGGUGCAACCACCAGAAUACUGACAAGGUUAACCAAAGACACUGUCGGUCAUCAUCUGGGUGCAUAUGUGAGGUACCACUUCUUACUGAACUCCACACCUCAAGCUCCAAGUUCACCAUCCAGAUGCCUGAUUCAAAGACAGGCAUCAGCAAGAUAUCCAGCAGAAACAAUGUAAGGAGUAGAAGUAGCAGCUGUAGUAGCAAGCCAGGUGAGAUCAGUGUAAAUGGGGAAGAUGAUGACACCAGUGAGAACUUUAAGCAUGAGCAUUGUCAGGUGCUCGUUUGAUCUAGACCUCCCCAAGUAUUACUUCAGUGCCACAGACAUUAAUUUCCGUAAUCAAAGCUCCUAAUAUAGAGCAGGAUUGAUUCUCAUAUUACACCAAAUAUAUGUAUAGUAGUUACAUUAGCUUUGUGCUAUUUUAUAAAAUAUAAUAUAUACAAAUAUGGGAAUUAUAACAUUAGAAUUUAAGUGAAUAAAAGAUUGCAAAGAACAAGAAGUUUUAGAACAACAUUUACUUCCAGAGUAAUGUUGUUUAUAUAGGCAGUGUAGAUUGUUCGAUAAUGCAACAUUUAACAUAAUAUUUUAUUAUAUGCUUUGGAGGAACAAUGUAUAUUUUCCAUUUUUAUGAUGUCCAUAAUUGUAAGAAAAUGCGUGAAUAUGUCUGUGUAUUUUGUAUACAUGACUGAUGUUUAUAUUAUUGCUUUACAUAUUAAUCUUGUAAUUUAUAACAUUGUACUGUAUAUGGUCAAUGUUCUUAACUUCUCAGAUGAUAAAUGCAUCUCUCUGCAUUCCUCUGAAAAUUAUUUAUAAUUGUUUUCAUAAGAAUAAUGCUUACAGCAAUUUCUGCAAUGAAGGUGACAGCAGCAGUCAGUGUAAUUUACUGUUCCAAUUGUAUUUUUAUAAUUUACUCUACUUUACUACAGAAAAAUGAGGCACAGACUUUGUGCAUUUUCAAAUGUACCAGACACACACACACACACACACACACACACACAUCUGAUGCCAUAUAUUCCUUCACUACAUACUAACAUGUUACUGUAUGUACCAAACACACUCACACUCCAGAGGCAAAGAGUUCUUCCUAUAAUGUGUUUCCAGCAGCUUCCUCUUCUUACGUAAAUCAGUAUUAGGAUAAGAAUUUAAGAUAGGACAGGGAGAGGGAAUGGUGAGAGGGAGGUAGAAAGACGGUCUCACUUCAUGCAGGUCGGCGUUCAAUCCCCGACUGUCCAAGUGGAUGGGCACCAUUCCUCCCCCCCCCCCCCAUCCCAUCCCAAAUCCUUAUCCUGAUCCCUUUCCAGUGCUAUAGUCAUAAUGGCUUGGCACUUUCUCCUGAUAGUUCCCUUCCCUUCCUCACUGGACACCUUCCCUGUUGAGACUUCUGUAGACGUAAUUUAUCUUCUGCAGUUUUACAUCUACUCUUCUUUGUUCCUCUUUUCGGAUCUGCCCAUAUUUCAGGGAAACCUCACGGAGAAUCUUCUCCAUGUACUGUCUCCCACUGUCGUUAAAAGAUUUGCAGAAACACUUACAAGUUAGAAAAUUUAUAAGAAUUGAAUACUUUGGUUUGGCUACUAUUAGGAACUGUGUGAAAAACGUAUUUUCAGUACCUUUGAUUUUUUCAUAUAGUUAUGCACUGAAAUAGGUAAAUAUGAAUGUACUGUACAUACCCUUUGCAUAGAAAAUAGUUCAGACCUUUGAUCUCUAUUUUCAUAAAUAAAGAAUACAAUAUCAAA